CAACCUCGGCACGCCUGGUAACACAUCCAACAUCAUUAAGGCUGCCGUAACACCGGCUUUUGCCGCCCAAUUCCCCGGCGUUAACGGGCUUGGAAUUUCCCUGGGACGUUUAGACAUUGCAGUAGAUGGUGUUGUCCCUUUGCACACCCAUCCCGGAGCUUCGGAGGUGCUAGUGGUGGUACAGGGCACCAUCUGUGCUGGAUUUAUCUCUUCAACUGCUAAUACUGUUUACUUGCAGACACUAAAGAAAGGGGAUAUCAUGGUUUUCCCACAAGGGUUGCUACAUUUCCAGGUGAAUGGAGGUGGGAAUGCGGCUAUUGCUUUUGUUAGCUUUAGUAGUCCAGUCCCUGGUCUCCAGAUAGUGGAUUUUGCUUUGUUUGCUAAUAACUUGCCUUCUGCGCUUGUGGAGAAGACAACAUUCCUUGAUGAUGCUCAGGUAAAGAAGCUCAAGGCUGUCCUCGGCGGUACCGGCUAAGCUCUCUCUCUCUCUCUCUGGAUAAUGGAGAUUCUUCUUUUCUUAGUCCCCUCCUCCACUUCUUCUUUUCCUUCAGUUUCCUUCUUCUGCUAGAACUAUAAGCAUUCUCUUCUGAUCAAUUGUAAAUGUGGACUGAGUUAUCCCAUUUGUUCUCUAGUCUAGAAAAUCAAUUAGGUGUAACCUUAACAAGUACCGUCCUUCUGGUAGAGUUGAGGUUAAUGAGCCAGUGAUUCUUCUAAUCAAUUAUCAAUAUAUGUAAGAGUUCUUAAUUUGUUUCUUUAAGAACAUCAAGUGAUUACUUACUUGCAA